CACAAGUCGUUGCGCGCGAAGGCUCGUGUAGGGCAGUAUGGCGUCUUCUUAAAUCGUAGAAAAAUCGCAAGUAUUAUUGUUGACAAGCAACAACGAUGGCAGCUGACUCUUUAGAGAGGAAGGAUGCAGAAUCCUCGGGAACCAAAGACCGGGAGAGGAAGCGCAGUCGUUCACGGGAUCGAGAUCGCAAAGGGUCCCCGUCACGCAAACGCCAUCGCUCUCGUGAACGAAACCGCUCCAAAUCCACAGAAAGAGACCGGCGCAUGAAAGACAGAGACAAGGACAGAGACCGAGACAAAGACAGGGAGAGGAGCCGCAAGGACAGAGACAACCACCGGAGGGAUAAAGACCGCAGGAGAUCCAGAAGCCUCUCACCAAAGUCAAAGGACACCAGGAUAAAGAAAGAGAAAGAUAUAAAAACCGAGGAGGAAGAAGAUGAAAAAAAGAAGAAAGAAAAGGUCCAGCCACUGUCUCUGGAGGAGCUUCUGGCCAAGAAAAAGGCGGAGGAGGAAGCUGAGGCAAAGCCCAAAUUUCUGUCAAAAGCUGAGCGGGAAGCUGAGGCUCUGAAGCGCAGAGAGCAGCAGGUGGAGGAGAAGAAGAAGAUGAUGGACGAAGAGCGAAAGAAAAGGAGGAUGUUUCAGGAUAUCGGGAGGAAAAUGCUGGAGGAUCCUCAAGAAAGGGAGAGACGAGAACGAAGAGAGCGAAUUGAGCGUGAGAACAACGGGAAUGAAGAAGAUGACGGACGACAAAAGCUCAGAGAGGAGAAGGAUAAAGGCAAAGAGCUCCAAGCUAUCAAGGAGCGUUAUCUGGGUGGCAUCAAAAAACGGAGGCGAACUCGUCACCUGAACGACAGGAAGUUUGUUUUUGAGUGGGAUGCUUCUGAAGACACGUCAGUUGACUACAACCCCAUUUAUAAAGAGAAGCACCAGGUGCAUCUGUACGGACGCGGUUUCAUCGCUGGCAUCGAUCUGAAGCAGCAGAAACGAGAGCAGUCUCGAUUCUACGGCGAUCUGAUGGAGAAAAGACGCACGCUGGAGGAGAAAGAGCAGGAAGAGACAAGACUGAAGAAGGUGCGUAAGAAGGAAGCCAAGCAGCGUUGGGACGACAGACACUGGUCUCAGAAGAAGUUGGACGAGAUGACGGACAGAGACUGGAGAAUCUUCAGAGAGGAUUACAGCAUCACCACCAAAGGAGGAAAGAUCCCGAACCCCAUCAGGAACUGGAAGGAGUAUGCUCUUCCUGCUCACAUCCUGGAGGUCAUCGACAAAUGCGGCUACAAGGAACCAACACCGAUUCAGAGGCAAGCCAUUCCCAUUGGCUUGCAGAACCGUGACAUCAUUGGCGUGGCAGAAACUGGCAGCGGUAAAACGGCUGCUUUCCUGAUUCCACUGCUCGUCUGGAUCACCACUCUGCCAAAAAUUGACAGGAUCGAAGACUCGGAUCAGGGUCCUUACGCUGUGAUCUUGGCCCCGACUCGUGAGCUGGCGCAGCAGAUUGAAGAGGAGACCAUAAAGUUUGGUAAACCUCUCGGCAUCCGAACCGUGGCUGUGAUCGGAGGAAUCUCCAGAGAGGACCAAGGCUUCCGGCUCAGGAUGGGCUGCGAGAUUGUAAUCGCCACUCCCGGUCGUCUGAUCGACGUGCUGGAGAACCGGUACUUGGUGCUGGGCCGCUGCACCUACGUAGUCCUGGACGAGGCAGAUCGCAUGAUCGACAUGGGCUUUGAGCCCGACGUCCAGAAGAUUUUGGAGUACAUCCCAGUGACCAAUCAGAAACCGGACACGGACGAAGCUGAGGACCCCGAGAAGAUGAUGAUGAACUUUGAAUCUGGGAAGCAUAAAUACAGACAGACGGUCAUGUUCACCGCCACCAUGCCUCCAGCUGUGGAGAGGCUGGCCAGGAGCUACCUGAGGCGUCCUGCUGUGGUGUACAUCGGAUCGGCUGGAAAACCUCACGAGAGAGUCGAGCAGAAGGUCCUGCUGAUGUCGGAGGGGGAGAAGAGGAAGAAGAUGCUGGAAGUUUUGGCGCACGGCUUCGAGCCGCCCAUCAUCAUCUUUGUCAACCAGAAGAAGGGUUGCGACGUGCUGGCAAAGUCUCUGGAGAAGAUGGGGUACAACGCGUGCACGCUGCACGGUGGCAAAGGCCAGGAGCAGAGAGAGUUUGCGCUCUCCAAUCUCAAGGCUGGAGCCAAAGACAUCUUGGUGGCCACAGACGUUGCUGGUCGAGGUAUUGACAUCCAUGACGUCUCCAUGGUCAUCAACUACGACAUGGCAAAGAACAUCGAAGACUACAUCCAUCGUAUUGGUCGUACUGGUCGAGCUGGUAAGAGCGGCGUGGCCAUGACGUUCCUCACUAAAGAGGACUCGGCCGUGUUUUAUGACCUGAAGCAGGCCAUCCUGGAGAGCCCAGUGUCCACGUGUCCUCCAGAGCUCUCCAACCACCCGGACGCCCAGCACAAACCUGGUACCAUCCUGACCAAGAAGAGGCGUGAGGAGACCAUCUUUGCCUGAUUUUAUCCUCUGUAUUUUUAUUCUAGUCCCACAAACACACGAAGCUCCUGACUGUCAUGAUGAAGACAUUUUUCUGCUUUACAUUCAGGAUUUGGUGAUCUUUUGUUCUUUGACACCUGGUUUUUCUUGGGUUUUAUUCCAUCUGCUGGUAAAAAAAAGUCAUAACCUGAUGGACUGUUUACAGAGUUGGAUUUAUUUUGCAUCUUCAAACAGGAUCCAGGAUCAUUAAGCAGGACUAUAUGUACUGUAAAUAAACAUAAACAAGUGUGGUAUGGUAGUUCCUUUUUAGUUGUCUUCAUAAUUUGAGUCUGUGUGUUAAAGACUUACACCAAAGUUGUUUUUUCAGUUCCAUCUUUUAGUUUAUCUGCCUCAGACUGUUUUAAAUAUGAACAUUUGUACGACGUGCCCACAACAAAUUUAAAUGAUGAUCGUCUCUUUAAUGUCUAUUGUUUGAAAGUGAUGGAUUAAAGAACAAGAAC